ACCACCCGGGCCCUAUCAUUUGUAAUGAGAAAUGGAUGCAUGCUUCGAUUACGUCGCUAAUGCAAGCCGGAGCUCUGGGUCGGGAGGAUAUUCGCACCGACUCGGCUUCGUGGAGAGAGGCCCGAGAGUUCCACUUGCGAUACUAUUAAAUGGUGGCGGUCUGCCGCAAACCUGGGCCCCAAUUCUCGUCCUCCGUUCGAUCCGUUCGAGAUAAGCCUCUGUCGGUACGACACCAAAACGCAAGCCAACGUUACCAAAAUGUUGACCCAGGUCAUCCGCUUCACUCUCCCAUCCCCUUCGACCAUCUCGGCGUCGGGGUUUUCGUCCCUUCGUCGCAGUGCUUCGGCUGCUGGUGCAGCGGCGCAAUACUACGGCUACACCGUGCCGACCAGAUCGUACCCUCUUCCCAGGGAGAAGCACGAAAUCUGCUGGGUCAUCGAAUGGCCGGCCUCAGCCGAUCGAGGCUCGGUGAUGGCGGAGCUGAAGGAUCUCUCCGCCGGCGAUGCCACAUCCUUGCUGUUUCAAUUCGCCGACAGCCAGGCUUCAGACCUGCGCCAGGCCUUCGAGGCUCCCGUAUGCGAAUUCGCCUGCAUCAGCAUUUCCUCCGACGCGCCACUCGAGGACUCAGCCCUGCAAACGUCGAUGCACAAGACGUACACCGACACGUACAAGAUACGAGGGUUCACGGGCGGACAUUGGUCGUAUGCGAGUAACACCAACGAGACCCACGGAGUGCCGAGCGACGUGGUUCCGGAGCCACGACUUGCGGAAGGAGACCGCCGGCUGGGAGUCUACUUCCUGGGUUGGGAGAGCAUCGAGCUCCAUGAGGACGGAACCGGCACUCCGGAGUUCUCGGAGGAGAUCGACAAGUUGAGGCCGUACUUUGGUCCCGGAACUGGCGCUUGGUACGCCAUAUUGAGGAAGCAUCAGUGAAGAGCGGCAAGGUCGAUGAAAUCGCCACCAUAUUCAGAAUUUUGUCUUGGAGAGAAAGAAACGCGGCAUGUUAAUAGUCCCUAGGGCUUUGUAGCUCGGUAAUGAAAACUUCAACCGUCA